GCUGACUGCUUCAAAAUGCGUCCACAUCCUCCGUUUCCCCCGCGUCGUGCACUCAGGUUUAGCUGUAAAACAUGCCUGAGAUUCCCACCACCACGGAACCAACCCGGCCUCUGCUGAGACUCACCAGGCCUUUGCUUUCUAUCCAAUGGGGAUCUCCGAGGCAAUCCAGUUUCUUUGCAUAGUAGGGCAGGCAAUAUUCAGAUAGCGAGGGAAAGAGAGCGAGAGAGAGGGAGAGAGAGUGUGAGAGAGAGAAAGAGGGGUAUGUGCAUGUGUCUGCUGAUUAGUGGGUUGGGGAGACGGGUCUCUCUUCUCUCUCGCUCGGCCCCAUUUCCCGCUUUGGUGGAGGGGGAAGUGUUUCCUUGGGGGCCGAUGAUGACAGAGGUCGAGGCAACGCGCAGAGCACAGCAGACCAGAAACACAUACAGUAAUACACUUGUACCAUCACCAAUCAGCAUAGGGAUAUCCCUUCCGUCUCCGCUGAAGAUCACUGGAAAACUAUUGUUUCCUCUUACUGAAAAACCACCACAAUAGACGGCCCUGCAUUUGUUCUCUUUCUGUGGCACGGAGAACUAUUUGACAAGGACUUUUGACAGCGGCGCAGGAUGCCUCAAAAAGAAUACCACAGCCAAGCCACGUGGGAGUCUGGCGUAGCCUCGAUGAUGCAGAACAAGGUCUAUGACAUCUGUGAUGAAGGUCACAGCGGUGUGAACCAGCUGGGCGGUGUGUUUGUUAAUGGUAGACCGCUACCGGACACCACCAGGCAGAAAAUCGUCGAACUUGCUCAUAGUGGCGCGCGGCCGUGCGACAUCUCCAGGAUUCUGCAGACCCAUGAUGACUCAAAAGUCCAAGUGCUGGAAAAUGAAAACGUGUCCAACGGGUGCGUGAGUAAGAUCCUUGGCAGAUACUAUGAGACUGGCUCCAUAAGACCGAGAGCGAUCGGAGGCAGCAAGCCGAGGGUAGCCACUCCAGAGGUGGUGGGGAAGAUAGCGCAGUACAAGCGGGAGUGCCCGUCUAUUUUCGCCUGGGAGAUCCGCGACAGACUGUUGUCGGAGGGGGUCUGCACCAACGACAAUAUACCCAGUGUAAGUGCAGUGAGUGUGUCGUCGAUAAACAGAGUCCUCCGCAACCUGGCUAGCGAGAAGCAACAGAUGGGCGCAGAUGGCAUGUAUGACAAGCUGAGAAUGCUCAACGGUCAGACAGGAACUUGGGGGACACGGCCCGGCUGGUACCCCGGAACUUCAGUGCCAGGGCAGCCCAACCAAGAUGGCUGCCAGCCACAGGACGGUGCUGGAGAGAACACAAACUCCAUCAGUUCGAAUGGGGAGGAUUCUGACGAGACGCAGAUGCGACUCCAGCUAAAGAGAAAACUCCAGAGGAACCGCACGUCGUUCACACAAGAGCAGAUUGAAGCACUGGAAAAAGAAUUUGAACGGACUCAUUAUCCUGACGUUUUCGCGAGGGAAAGACUGGCAGCGAAAAUAGAUCUGCCUGAAGCAAGAAUACAGGUGUGGUUCUCAAACAGAAGAGCGAAGUGGAGGCGGGAGGAGAAGCUCCGGAACCAGCGUCGUCAGGCCAGCAACUCCUCCAGUCACAUCCCCAUCAGCAGCAGCUUCAGCACCAGCGUCUAUCAGCCCAUGCCUCAGCCCACCACACCGGUGUCCUUCACAUCUGGGUCUAUGUUGGGCAGACCUGACACGGCCCUCACCAACACGUACAGCGCCCUGCCUCCCAUGCCCAGCUUCACCAUGGCCAACAACCUGCCUAUGCAACCCAGCCAGACCUAUUCCUGCAUGCUGCCUACCAGUCCGUCUGUGAAUGGGCGGAGCUACGACACAUAUACGCCCCCUCAUAUGCAGGCACAUAUGAACAGCCAAUCAAUGAUCACUUCUGGUACCACCUCAACAGGACUCAUCUCUCCUGGAGUGUCUGUCCCUGUCCAAGUCCCAGGCGGCGAGCCUGACAUGUCUCAGUACUGGUCAAGACUACAAUAGAGAGAAGAGCUACUUCACCCUGUAACCGCUCACCCACCGCCCUCCGCUGGGAGCUCACACACACACGGAGAGAAGUGGAGGAGAGAGAGAGACUCUGGGAGUGCCCUAAGACUACAGGGUGUGGUUGUUUCCACUGAGACAGUGUGUUGUACUGUAGCUCUUGGCACAUAUGAGGACUGGGGAGAACAACGAUGGGAAGAGAGGGGGAAGAAGACAAAAUGUGGACCUCUGUAAAGUGCCCGGUGUUUAACAUUUUCAUGGAACAAAAACUUCAUUUUUUUUUCUCACUUUCCAAGUAAUUGCUUCUUUUUUUCUGUCUGUCUCUUGUGUUUGUAUAUGGCCGUGUGUAUGUUAUGAUGAAAAACCCAGAUCAAGUACUGAUAGAUGGACUGCUAGAAAACCAUGUUGGUCUCAUGUUUGUUUUUGGGGUAAAGGAGAACCCAAGAGAUUUCUGCCAUGACUAUUUUUUGAUCUGCUUACAUCGAGACUUUCUACCAGACUUUGCAUGGUCUGUGGACUCAUACGAAACUGUUGCAUAUCACCCGAGAGGAGAGCUGUGGGGAACAGACUCAGUGUGUUUAUUAAACCUAUUUAUUGGUCAUACUCCUUCAAAAUGGACAUCAGCAGAGGAGGACCUCCAGUCAAUCCACCCACCUCAGCCUCUUGGGUCGGACUCCUGCAAUAUCACAUGAACUGUAUAGUUCUGGGGAUUUAACUGUGGUCACAGACAACCACAUUAUCACAUGAAUUUUACUGGCCUGAAUUGUACAGACAACCACCACUAACAGUUUGCAAAAACAGUGGGACAUUCAAGACUUGUUCAUGGACUUCUGCUGUGGUGGAUGGAUUGAUUCUAGGUUCAAGACUUGUUCAUGGACUUCUGCUGUGGUGGAUGGAUUGAUUAACGGUCCAAGUGAAGAGCUAUAAAUGCAGAGGAGCUGAGUAAAACAGUUGAAUGGUAGACUGUGUCUUCGAUAUAAUCCAAUUUGUUCAUGCCGAAUUGUAAGUAUGUCUUCCCUAGAAAUCAAAAGAUUUCUACAAUAAAAGUACAUUUACAUUUUUAUCCCCCCAAGAAUAUUCUAUAAAUGUUUUCUACACAUUUUCAUGCAUCAUAAAAAUACAUUUCUUUAGGUCAGGUACAAUUAGUCUCUUAGGUAUAGUUGUAUUAUAGUGUCCUAUUGUCAAAUCAUUUUGUGCAACUAGAAAUAUUUCAUUCCUAUAAUUAUGAUUAAACAUGCUUGACAAAGUUUGAAACAUAAGUGUUUGGCAGUUGUUUACAAGUACAUAUCAGAUUGAAUCAUUGUUGAUUGUAAAACAGACCAAAGCCUUUGUAUUUCAUCUAUUACACAAUGUUUUUGUUGUUGAAGAUAUUAGUCUUGUGUUGCAUCAUUUUGUAAACAUGUGAUGUUCUAUUACAGUGACCCAGAGUAUGUUUGACUGUGGACUAAUCCAGCACUCUUAUUUAUAAUUGAAGACCAUGGGUGACUGCGGACUAAUCCAGCCGUCUUAUUUAUAAUCGAAGACCAUGGGUGACUGCGGACUAAUCCAGCAGUCUUAUUUAUAAUUGAAGACCAUGGGUGACUGCGGACUAAUCGAGCAGUCUUAUUUAUAAUUGAAGACCAUGGGUGACUGCGGACUAAUCGAGCAGUCUUAUUUAUAAUUGAACACCAUGGGUGACUGCGGACUAAUCCAGCCGUCUUAUUUAUAAUCGAAGACCAUGGGUGACUGCGGACUAAUCCAGCAGUCUUAUUUAUAAUUGAAGACCAUGGGUGACUGCGGACUAAACGAGCAGUCUUAUUUAUAAUUGAAGACCAUGGGUGACUGCGGACUAAUCGAGCAGUCUUAUUUAUAAUUGAACACCAUGGGUGACUGCGGACUAAUCCAGCAGUCUUAUUUAUAAUUGAAGACCAUGGGUGACUGCGGACUAAUCGAGCAGUCUUAUUUAUAAUUGAAGACCAUGGGUGACUGCGGACUAAUCCAGCCGUCUUAUUUAUAAUCGAAGACCAUGGGUGACUGCGGACUAAUCCAGCAGUCUUAUUUAUAAUUGAAGACCAUGGGUGACUGCGGACUAAUCGAGCAGUCUUAUUUAUAAUUGAAGAUCAUGGGUGACUGCGGACUAAUCGAGCAGUCUUAUUUAUAAUUGAACACCAUGGGUGACUGCGGACUAAUCGAGCAGUCUUAUUUAUAAUUGAACACCAUGGGUGACUGCGGACUAAUCCAGCAGUCUUAUUUAUAAUUGAAGACCAUGGGUGACUGCGGACUAAUUGAGCACUCUUAUUUAUAAUUGAAGACCAUGGGUGACUGCGGACUAAUUGAGCACUCUUAUUUAUAAUUGAAGACCAUGGGUGACUGCGGACUAAUCCAGCAGUCUUAUUUAUAAUUGAAGACCAUGGGUGACUGCGGACUAAUCCAGCAGUCUUAUUUAUAAUUGAAGACCAUGGGUGGCGUUUUCUAGCGUCGUCUGUCAUGCUUUUUUGAGUUCUGCGUUGUUUUUCAAAUAUGUGUACAUAGAACGUGGACACGUAUACAGGGUCUACGUCUGAGAAAUGCUUUUGAGAUGAAACGUCUAAACUGUCUCUUCAAUAUUUCAAUUUAAUUUGAUUUAAAAUGGAGCUUUCUAAAUGUAUUUUGUGAAAACUAUAAAAAAACUAUUUUGUACAGUAAAUAUA